ACUCCACCGCGCUCGCAAGCAAACACAAGCGCGCUUCACUAGACAAAAGACAAUGAGCUGUCACACCUUUAAAAUGACUCAUAUGCGUUCAGAUUUAAAGAAAUGCUGAAAGGAAAAUCCAGGGAGCGAAAAAUCGGUCUGUUGUGCAGUAGGAAACCGCUGCGGGAACAAGACUACCUGUGGGCUCUGUAGUGGGCACAUAGACAACAGCUGCCAGCGGAUAUUUCAAUCUUCCGGCGGAACACACAACACAUAGCCUAUAUGGCAAAGUUCCUCGCCGAGCUGCUGGGAUGUACACUGCCCGAAAAAGGAGCAUCUCCCAUCUUCGAGUGCAGGAGUCAGCCACACAUCGGACUGAGGCAUGUCACCAAACAACGGCCUACCAUAUUUGGGACACUGAUUGAAAAACCACUGGGGGAUCACAAUGCAGACAAAAUGCCUCAAACGCCACCCUUUCCAGUGAUGUAUGGGCCCAAUGGAUACAACAAGAAUAUUUAUAAGGCCAAGGAGGAAGACUACGAAGGCCUGUAUUACCAUGACAACACCCUGGUGUCGGGGUCCUUGGAGGCACUUAUUGAGCACUUGGUCCCUACAGUGGCGUACUAUCCUGAUAGGACAUACAUCUUCACGUUUCUGCUCAGUUCCCGUCUCUUUACUCAUCCAUAUGAGCUGAUGUCCAAAGUGUGCCAUUUGUGUGUGGACCAGCAAAGGCUCAGUGAUCCUCAGGCGGACAAGGCAAGAGUCAGGAAAAUUGCUCCUAAGAUCCUGCAGUUGCUGACUGAGUGGACCGAGACGUUUCCCUAUGACUUCAGGGAUGAAAGGAUGAUGAAGAGUCUGAAGGAACUAACACAUCGUCUGAGUACUGGAGAUGAACUCUAUCGUAAAUCGGUGCAACAGAUGACACAAACGCUGAUCCGUAAGCUCACCACACUGAGUCAGUAUGAGGAGGCCCUGGCCAAGAUCAACUCGUCUGUGACCGACAGACUAACUGUUCUGAAGACCAAACCUCAGUCCAUCCAGAGAGACAUUCUGACCAUCUGCAAUGACCCCUUUACCCUGGCACAACAACUCACACACAUUGAACUGGAAAGACUGAGCUACAUUGGACCAGAGGAGUUUGUUCAGGCGUUUGUUCAGAAAGACCCUCUUGAUAACGACAAGAGAUGCUUUAGUGAUCACAAAAAAGCAAGUAACCUGGAGGCUUAUGUGGAGUGGUUCAACAGGCUCAGCUACCUGGUGGCGACGGAGAUCUGCAUGCCUGUAAAGAAGAAACAUCGGGCUCGAGUCAUUGAGUUCUUCAUCGACGUGGCACGAGAAUGCUUCAACAUUGGCAACUUCAACUCGCUCAUGGCCAUCAUUACCGGGAUGAACAUGAGGAAGGAGAGGUUUCGAGUAUGCCUUUGUCUGCAUUUCUUUCAAGAGACACUUCUCAUCCACAUGAGGAUGGGACUGGGCACUUUCUGA